AUGUUAGUUGGUGCUACAGGCGCCGGUAAGAGUACCCUAAUCAAUAGGAUGAUCAAUUACAUCCUAGGGGUGAAGUGGGAAGAUAAUUUCAGAUUCAAGCUGGUAGAUGAACAUUUGCCUAUGGGGAAGACACAGGCACAUAGUCAGACACAAAUGAUAUCAGCAUACACCAUACACAGUAACAAACAGCACACAAUUCCCUUCACGUUGACAAUCAUCGACACGCCAGGGUUUGGAGAUAGUAGAGGUAUUGAGCGCGAUAAAGCUAUUGUUGAACAGAUCCGGGAGUUUUUCUCUCACCCUGAAGCCCAUGGUGUGGAUCACAUUAAUGCUGUUGGUUUCGUUGUUAAGGCUUCAGAAGCUCGUCUCACUCCCACACAGAGGUAUAUCUUUGAGUCAACCCUGGGCAUAUUUAGCAAGGAUAUCAAGCCUAACAUUAUACUUCUGGCCAACUUCUUGGACGGAAUUACACUGCCUGUUCUCGAUGCCAUUAUGGCGGCUAAUAUCCCAUUCAGCGGAUGCGUAUUCAAGUUCAAUAACUCGGCAUUGUUUACCGAAAACAAAGAGUGUAAAGCUGAAAGCGACAGCGAUGAAGCUGAGGAAGAAAAAGCUUUAAAACUCUAUUGGAAAAAGGGAAUGAAAGAAAUGCAAAGGUUCUUUGAGACUGUUAGUAAAUUGGAGGCAAAAAGUCUGACCCUGUCCAAAGAAGUCCUGGAGCAUCGUAAACAGUUGGAGCAAAAGGUCGAAAGGUUACAGUCACAGUCAGCCAUCUAUAGAGAUAAAAUGGAGGAGCUACAAAAAGAGCAGGAAGCCCUUAAACAUUGUCAGAGAGAUAUAAAAGUUCACGAGGGUUUUCAGUGCGAAAUUGAAGUUAUUGAAAAUGAGAAGAUCCCUACAGAUGUAGGGUCCUUGAAUUGUGACAUAUGCCAAUUCACUUGCCAUUACCCAUGCACAAAGCCAGAUAAAAAGAAAAAAAAAUGUCACAUGAUGGAUCGAAAAGGCUAUUGCAUGGUAUGUCCAAAUAAAUGUGUUUGGAGUGCUCACGUUAUCAUGAAGUGCAGACAUGUGUAUACAGAAAAGAAACGGAUGAAAACGUUCACUGACAUCGAAAGGCGAUAUAGAGAUGCAGUCGACAAAACACUUACAGUCCAAGAACUGAUAGGAAAAAUCCAAUCCGAUCUCGAAAACGUGAAGCAGGCUGAAGUCUGUCUGUUUCUAGAAAUUCACAAAGUUUUACAAAGCCUUGAAGAGAUUGCUCUCAAGCCACACCCGAUUGGCUUCACUGCAUAUAUUGAUUUGUCGAUUAAAAGUGAGCGGGACGAGGCCAAGACUGGUUGGGAAAAGAGAGUGAAAACUCUGGAAUCAUAUAAGAGCCAACAUCUCCUGGUGGAUUCAGUUAAAUCAGUUGUUCCACAGGGAAGUGGCACGACUCUGGAAGCAACGACUGGAAGCAACACUGGAAGCAACGACUGGGAGCAAACGCCUACCGAUUGUCAUGGUUAG